AUGGAACGAGAUGCGCUGCCGCGUAUCCACGUGCGCUGUAGCGGCGUGCGCUCAAGUGAGGGCGACGCCUCACGUCCUGGCAACGACUGCGUGUUCUUUAGCGAGUCGCAGUACCACCAGUCUCCUUUUCUCGUGCGCGUGGCCUUCAACAGCGUGAGCUUUGUGCAUCGUGGGACGCACGUCGUUGAGCGGCGAUUUGUCUUUCCAGGGCGCGUCCUGGAUGCGGUGCUGGCGGAUUUCUCGACACAAGCGCCACGUGGCUCGAAGAUGCAAGAGAGAAGGUUUAUAGGCUCCACACGACUGCGGCGCUCGCCUCUGCCGCUCCAACCGCACCCUCACGUGUGCGUGUUGGUGCGUUUUGACUGUUUGAAUGUAUACACUGCAGCCGGAGAAGUGUUUGAAGUCGCGCUGCCAUUUCAGGCCAAUCGAAUCUUUCCCAUGGAAGGGCGAGGGCUCCUGCUGCAACGCAGUCCGGCGGUGCAGGUCCCAGUGACGUCAUUACAACGAUCCCGAGAUGCUGCCGCUGUGGCUCUGACGAGAAAAAACCGACGCGCGAGCACAAGUAACAGAGGAGACGGAAACAGGUGCAAGUACAGUGUCUCGGGGACGGGUGCGCCAGUGAGACCCAGGUACUUCACACUCCGACAUCCUCUUGAUGAGGUCCGUCCAGUAGCGCAAAGCUUGGGAAAGAGAACGAUGGUCGGAAAAGGCGAGACAGAGUUUAUCUCGGACUCGGCUUUUGAAGCUGUCGAUGUGCUGGAGGAGGAAGUUUCACCUAUGCUAGUGGCGUUCCAUUGUGUGGAACAGAGAUUUCAUGUUUUUCGAAUGAAUGUUGUGGAGACAAAUGUAAAGCGUUGUUGCCUGCCGCAUGUGAAGAUCGUUGACAUACCGACAUGGACAAGGUACCGUGCUAAAAGUGAUUUGGACGAACUACGGGUACGAAUUAAACCUGAGUGGAUAGCUGAGCUUAUGUGGAAGUCUCCGCGAGUUGGACCAGUACGUUCAAACACGAGGUUCGAGAUGCCGCUUGCUCCGCCCAUGCUUGCUACUGCGUCUCCUGUUUCGCCAUCACCGAUGCCGACAAGUACGUCUUCGAUUUCACGACGAAGUAGCACCAAACUAGCAUUUAUCGCGUCAGGUUGUGAUGGCUUUCCGCUGCUGUGUAUCAUGGACAAAGAUUCUGGCACUUUAUUCUUGAAGCCGCUUUCGGAGCAAGGUAGUCUCCACACAAAAGACGACCGUGUAACUGGCGACGUUCGUACGUUAUAUUGUCGUGACGCUGUGCCGAUUUCGCACAAAAACGACCCGGGUUCGCGUGAAGGUGGAAAGGAUCCAGGAAGACAGCGCCAUGAAAGAUCUACCGACAUCGUGGUGCUUGAAACAAGUGGGACUCUCACGUUGUAUCGAGCACACCGUUCAAUUUGUCGUCUGAUUCUGCCUGACUUGGCGCAAGAGGAUAUCGUGUUUGACGACUUGCACAACGAUGGCUCAAAGAGAAUGCGACUGACAGGUAUCGUUCAGUUACUCUCUAUCGACAAAGGACGUGCCUAUGAGAUUGUGUUUCCGUAUAUGUGCGGUGGCUUGCGUGGGAAGAUCUGGCGAUACUCGCAUCCGCUGAAGAUCGUCGACUCUCCGCUGCUGCAGCAAGUCUUCGAUGUGCUGGAUUGCAUCGUUCCCCCUCCAACGUUGUCCGCGUUCAGAGCUCAAGUGGUCUGCAAGGCACAACUGAAAGCUCAGAGCAGUUUAGCAGGUAGCGAUGUCGCGGACGGUGGGCUUGAAUGGCAGUCCUUCCGUCAGUGCGUCGUCGAUCUGCUGCCUCGACAGGCUUGUACGCGUGACACGGUACUGUCACCAAUCACAGCAGGAUCGGCAUGCGGCGACGAAGAGAAGACUACUGCUACUUCGUUCUCGUCAGCUUUUCAUGCGCUUUGUCAGAGCAAAUUUCAUGACAUGUACCAGUAUGAACAUGCAAUGCUUUUUGCCACCAUGGAGCUGCCAGUCACAAGCUCCCUGACCAGCGAUGUUCGAACGAGCACUAGCGACAGCACUAAAGUAGCUUGUAACCGAGAGUGCUCAAGAAUGAGAGAUUUCAUGGAGGCUGUGUAUGCGGGUCUCCACUUGCUGUGCGAAGAGCUCAAGCUGUCUAUUGCGCUCUUCCGCCAGCGGUUGUAUUUAGUUGACUUGCUGUCGGAUAUGGGGCUGCAGCUGGGUUUGAUUCAUUUUGUCGCCUACUACCAAGAGGACAAUUGCAUUUUAACCAAGUGCCAAGCAAGCUCGACAGCAUCGGAAUCUCACCAUGAACUGCAUACAGAGAGUCUGCUUCGUUUUACCACGUACGGGCGCGUUCCUGAUUUGAUAAUGUGGCUUCAAGACAAAAUGACAGCAAACGUGCAAAACGUAGUGGAGUUUCCCGCGCUGUUUGACGAUCUAGAACAGCAGCAGCUUCCCAAUCAUUGCUCCUUUCGACGUCCUAGAAACCCCCUAUGGCGCACACGAGCGAUUUGUCGCGCAUACGAGCUAAUGUUUCCAAAGUUGAGAGAGACAGCUCCUCAGCCGCCGGCCGCGCAUUCGAAUGCACUUGAUCCGAUCAUUUACCUCGCUCAAGACCCCGUUGGUAGUGCACUAUCGUUGGAAGAUCUUCCGGUCGGAUUGAGCUUUCCUAUUGUCCAGUCCAUUCGCCGAGUGAAGCACAACCCGCCGCCUUUUAUCACGGAAGACGUUUGUGCAUUUGUGGGGAGGGAAGAUCUUAGUAUUGCAAGCGCAGAAGACCUUACCGACCGUUCUGAUCCCCCUGCGUUUGGCCAAAACCAACAACAGCAUGGUCCAGGGAGUAACUUGCCCGAUUCCAAUGUUCUAUCAGAUGACGGAACUCGCGAUGAUUGUGACGGUCUGGAAGGCGUUAUACGUCGAAGCCAACCACUAUUUCCUGCUGACCAGAGGAUGAAAGAAGUUGCGCGACUUCUUCGCUCGUGUCGUCCGCUCUGCUUGAAAUUGGACAAGACGCCAGAUUUAUCGGAUCAGGACUAUGCACAGCAGCAGCAGAGUCGAUUGCUACUUCUUUGCAAACGGUCAAUGGCGCUACCUGUCGCACGCGGUAUGGUCACGCUCGGUAGCGUUGAUGUCCCUACUGCUCAAUCACACACGUGGCGACUACGUAUUCCUGCGUUGCCUCUCACAGGUCGUAAACCACCUGCAAAUGCCAUUGUGGAGCUUGAUCUUUCCGGCUAUGCCACAGAGCUGACAUAUUGGCCCCAAUUCCACAACGGAUGCGCCACAGGUCUUCGGCUUCCAGCACAUGAUCUCUCUGGAGCAAUCAGUCGCCACUGGAUCAAAUACCAUCGGCCUUCGGUAAGUGAGCCUCCGCAACAAAACUCUUUUGUGGACCGGCAGACAGCAGCAGCAGUAGCAGAAUCAGAUGAUACUGCUGCUCGCAAUAUGGAAGAGGCGUAUGCAGCCCAUGGGGGAUUGUUGAUGGGGAUAGGCCUACGCGGUCAUCUCAAGUGUUUGUCGAUGGCGGAUGUCUACAACUACUUGUCGCUGUCGAAUGAGUUUGUGACUGUUGGGAUCAUGCUGGGAAUGGCAAGCACGGCUGCGCACUGCCGUAGCAAGCGCAAGCAGCGAGCCGUGGCAACGGGUAGUCCUGUCCAUGACGAUGAAAGUCAGUCUUUGUCGCCAGCAAACGAAGACGCUGGUGUACCCUCGCUGGAGGUAGAUACCUUUUUUUCGGGUGUUCCUGAGCUUGGAUUGUCAGAGACGUCUCCCCUUUUUGGAACAGGAUCGGAGCUGGCGUUGGAAAGGUCGGUAUCCAAAAUGCUGUGCCUUCAUGUUCCGUCAUUGCUGCCACUGCCAUCCGGAGGCUUUUCAGUACCUGCAUCAACUCAGACGGCGGCAUUGCUUGGACUAGGCAUUUUGUACCAAGGAACAGGGUAUCGACUAAUGACAGAGCUGUUGCUCACUGAAAUAGCGCGUUCUCCAUCGAGCUCCCAAUGUGUGGGAGGUGACGGUAACGCGGAACUGUCGACCGCUUUGUUCGAUCAGCUGGAGGGUUAUGCAUUAGCAGCGGGAAUGGCGCUUGGUCUCGUCAUACUCGGGCGCGGUCAGACCACUACAGGAGAUCCUGGACUAGCUGACUUGAAGCUAGAAGAAAAGCUUCACAAGUACAUCGUCGGAGGUGCGCAACAACUCCGAGAUCCGAAUGCGGCUGGGAGUUGUCUGUAUCGUGGUCGUCGAUGGCAGGCAUUCGGCACGGGAAAUGGCGUUGCCCCCGCGGUCAAUGGUAGUACUUCUUCUAGCAAUGGCACACUCAAUGCUAGUUCAGAGACUUUUUCCGGCGCAGGCCAUGGUUCAAAACAGUCGAAUGGCCGGAGCGGCACUUGCGGCAUGAGCGAACAUGUGAACGUUGGUGUGACUGGAUGCGCAAGUGCUCUGGCACUAGCGUUCAUGUACAUACAGACUGACAAUAGAGCUGUGGCUGCACAGCUGGUGGUUCCUGACACUCUUAUCCUCCUGGACUACGUCCGCCCCGACAUCUUGUUAGUGCGUACAUUGGCAAAGAAUCUCGUGAUGUGGAGUAACAUAUUACCGACGAUAGCGUGGAUCGAUCAGCACGAAGUCCCUGCACAGCUUCUUCAAGCGUAUAAGUCGAUUGAGACUCCAGAAGGAGAUUUCAGUCGACCAGAGCUCCCGAGCGGAGUACCAUCUCGUUCUGAUCUCGGCUCAAUUUGUGAGGCCUACGCGAACAUUGUAACGGGCGCGUGCUUAAGUAUCGGGUUACGGUUCGCUGGAACCGGAAACACAUCAGCGCGUGCUACGCUGCGCAAGUAUGUUCUGCAUUUCCGCGAGCUGAGGGCAAAGGCGUCCAUGUCGUCAUCCUCAAUGCUUCCGCGCGGAAGCAGCGACGCUGUUGCUGCUGCGACAGAACGGGCGACAGUUGAACGGUGCUUGGCCGUGUGUGCACAGGCCCUAGCUUUGAUUGACGCUGGAACAGGCCAUGUGGAGACGCUUACGCUGCUGCGCUCAUUAACGUUGCGGCAACGCGUAGACGCGGCAGUAAGCUAUGGCAAUCAUAUGGGUCUGGCUAUGGCGAUCGGAUUGCUCUUUCUAGGUGGUGGGCGUGCAACUGUUUCUCGCUCGAAGGAGGCCAUUGCGGCGCUUGUGAUCUCGCUGUAUCCGAUACCUCCAAUGAAUACGGCUGACAACAAAUAUCAUCUGCAGGCGUUUCGUCAUCUCUAUGUGCGGGCUGUUGACACUUCGCGGUUUAUCGAGACCUUGGACGUGAAUACUAAGACGACCUCGGCUGUUCAAGUUCGAGUCGAGCUUCUUCCGAAUUCGGUAGACAAGAGUCAGUCUUUGUAUCGAGAGCUGCGUAGUCCGUGCCUUCUACCGGAUAUCACUGCUAUGAAACGCCUCGUCAUCUCGGAUCCUGAAUUCUACCCGAUUGAGAUUGUUGUGUCGCCAUUAUCCGACGAGCGAAGACAUUUGGGAGCAAAAGCGGUGAAGACCGCAAAUGCGCUGCGCUUGGACCUCUUACAAAACAAAAACGUGGUGUUUCUCAAACGCCGGCAGCAAAAAGAUAACGGCCACUCUGCAGGUUUUGCUGAGGGGUCUAGACUGCUGUGUGACGUGCACAUAGAAGAUCACAAUGGCGGUGACGAUCGGCUGGGAGAACUUUUUCGUUUGUACUUUGCGACGAGUAUUGCUGGCGACGAGGACGAUUGUGCGGUCAGUGAGGACGAUGUAGACGGCUUCAAUGUAGCAGAUUGGGGCAGCAGUUGGUGGUCGUCCCAGUUGAGCUUGCGAUCGCUGGAAAAAGUGUCGGACGAGGUGCCAUUGCUGAUGCCUUCAUAUGUGAAUGCGUUGCAUGCGCUGUUUCGGUUGCAACAAGUACCGCAGCUGUCAUGUGCCACGGAUGUUGUAAACUUGAGCAUGUUCAGUGAGUAUUGUCGUUUGGAAGAGGCCGUACAAGCAAAACAUGGCGAGGACGAUUCCGAAAACGUCCGCGCAUCAGGAAGUAUGGUGAAUUCAUUCUCCGAGUUUGGCGCGUGGCUAUCCCACCAGACGGAGGAGGCUUUGGGCGCACUGUGGCACCGAACCUCGUUGAAUAUCACUUCGAUGGCUUCGGCGCGAGUCCAGCUACUGAGCGAAGCCUCGCCAUCGACACCGCCUACGAUGCGUGAUCAAAUGGUGAUGGAUGCGUUUUUCGUAAGCGUGCUAGUCCGGUACUUCGGUGGCGUUUCAGUGUCGUCAUUGCCGGUCGCAGAUCAGCCUCGACGUUCCGUCAAAGAUUGGAAAGGCAGGUUCGAACGAGUUUUAUCUGCAUGCUCGCGAGUCGAUCGUUUGCCAACGGGUAUGACAUCGCCGGCACGCUUCCAGUUGCCUGCAUUUUUGCAACAGGAAGAGCUAUCGAGCGCUGAGAAGACGUUUUGGCUCAAGCUGGUGUCGUUCUUCCUUUUCUCCGACUAA